GCAGCUCACAAACAGAGCACAUCAUUGAGCCGGUGUUGCUCACAGCGUCAGAGGUGACGGCGCGGGGACCGAGCGCGGCGCAUCCCUCAACCUGCGGGGAGGCUGCCAAGAGAUGGAAGAAAAACGACGCAAGUACUCCAUCAGCAGUGAUAACUCAGACACCACUGACAGUCACACCACUUCCACCUCCAGAUGCUCCAAAAUUCCGAAUACCAAAUCCCCCUGGUCACGGCAGAAGGAGAAGAAGCCCUCUGAGGUUUUCCGGACAGACCUGAUAACAGCCAUGAAGAUCCCUGACUCCUUCCAGCUGAGCCCUGACGAGUACUACGUGCUGGCUGACCCUUGGAGGCAGGAGUGGGAGAAGGGUGUCCAGGUGCCAGCAAGUGCCGAGGCCAUCCCUGAGCCUGUGGUCAGGAUCAUCCCCCAGCUGGAGAGCUCCCUUUCACAGGUUUCACCGAGCAGCCUGCCUGGCUCUGAGAUUUCGGAAGCUACAAGGACUUACUUGCAAGGAAUGAGCCGCUAUGACCUGGAYGAGCUCGAUGCCUGCUGGUUGGAACUUGUUAACAUGGAGCUCAAGGAGAUGGAAAAGCCCGAGCUGGACGAGAUCACCCUGGAGCGAGUGCUGGAGGAGCUGGAGACCAUGUGCUACGAGAACAUGAACAUCGCCAUCGAGACCGAGGAGGGCUUGGGCAUCGAGUACGACGAGGACGUGGUGUGCGACGUGUGCCGCUCGCCGGAGGGGGAGGAUGGCAACGAGAUGGUGUUCUGUGACAAGUGCAACGUCUGCGUGCACCAGGCGUGCUAUGGCAUCCUGAAGGUGCCCAUCGGGAGCUGGCUGUGCCGGACCUGUGCCCUCGGUGUCCAGCCCAAGUGUCUGCUGUGCCCCAAGAGAGGGGGAGCGCUGAAGCCCACCCGGAGCGGGACAAAAUGGGUCCACGUUAGCUGUGCCUUAUGGAUACCUGAAGUUAGCAUUGGAUGUCCUGAAAAAAUGGAACCCAUUACGAAGAUCUCACAUAUCCCAGCAAGCAGAUGGGCUUUGUCCUGCAGYCUCUGCAAGGAGUGCACUGGGACAUGCAUUCAGUGCUCCAUGCCCGCCUGUGUCACCGCGUUCCACGUCACCUGCGCCUUCGACCACAACCUCGACAUGCGGACGAUCCUCGCGGACAACGACGAAGUGAAGUUCAAAUCCUUCUGCCUGGAGCACAGCACCGGGGCCACCAAACUGCCCGAGGAGGCACGGACAGAGCCCGACCAAGCCCAGCUGGACUUGGAGAAGGUGACGCUGCGGAAGCAGAAGCUCCAGCAGCUGGAGGAGGACUUCUAUGAGCUGGUGAAGCCUUCGGAGGUGGCAGAGAACCUCGACUUAAGCGAAUCGCUGGUGGAUUUUGUCUACCAGUACUGGAAGCUGAAGAGGAAAGCAAACUCCAACAAACCGCUGCUGACACCAAAAACGGAUGAAGUGGACAACUUGGCUCAGCAAGAGCAGGAUGUUCUCUACCGACGCUUAAAGCUCUUCAUGCACCUCAGGCAGGACCUGGAGAGGGUUAGAAAUCUCUGUUACAUGGUGACGAGACGGGAGAAAAUGAAACACACCAUUUGUAAACUGCAGGAGCAGAUCUUCCAUCUCCAGAUGAAGCUUAUUGAGAAAGAUCUUUACCCAGAACAAACUGGGAAGAAGACAAAGGGUAAGAAAAGUGACCCAAGAAGGAAAGGAAGAGAUGGUAGAAAAAAUAGUCCCGAGAAGACAGAGAAAAGGAAAUCGGUCAACGAAACUGUUUUGGGACAACUGGGCUUGUCAACCUCCUUCCCCAUCGACGGGACCUUCUUCAACAGCUGGCUGGCGCAGUCGGUGCAGAUCACCGCUGAGAACAUGGCCAUGAGCGAGUGGUCACUCAACAACGCCCACCACGAGGACAGCACSCCCGGCCUGUCCGAGGAGCUCCUCCAGGACGAGGAGACCUUGCUGAGCUUCAUGAUGGACCAUUCCCUCAGGUCGCCAUUCAGGCAGAGCGAGGCCACAAAGAAAGUGAAAAGCAGAACGAGAACGAACACUAAGAAAAAGCUGCCGAGGUGCAGCCCCCCUGCCGUGGGCAGGGGCCACCCGGAGGGCUCGGAGCCCUGGACUAACAACGCCAGCAGCUUGUCGGAUGAGCCCACCAAGCCCUUCGCUCUGGAUUCCAGACCGAGCAAGUCGGAAAAAGGGGCAGCAAAGCCUCCCACCGAGCGCAGAGGGACGGGCGAGGCCAAAAGGGCGGCCAGGAAGGGCUCUCUCCAGAAAGGCAGCGAGCCUCACCCCCCUGCCGGGACACGGGGCUGCGUCAGCAAGGACGAGGAGGAGGAGGAGGAGGAGGAGGAGACGCCGCGCUGCGCUCAGACGGAGCCCAGCCCCGCGGCCAAAGUGCCUGACUCCGUAGGUAGCCCCAAAACCAUCGUGCGGUUCAAAUUACCAAAGGAGAGCCGGGGGACRCGGCGCUCGCAGCCCCCCAAGGCSGACGGCGCCGGCGCAGCUCCCCUGCGUCGCUUCGACGCCGACACGGACGGAUACUUCUCCGACGCCGAGAUGAGCGACUCGGACGGGGAGUCCCGCGGCGGCCGGGCGCAGCGGGGCCAGCUGGACACGGCCGGCGAGGACAUCGUCAGGAUGAGCAUCCUGGCAUCCUAACUCCUGCGGCCACGCCGGCCCCACGAGGCCUCAACCCAGUUCCAACUGCCAUGUCCAAUUUCUGCCUGGUGUCACGGCGAGGGGGGUUUUUAAUAUGUGUAUAUAGUUGGAAAUUCGGCACUGUUGUCUUUCUCUUCUCGAUAACGCCUGAGAUACAGCUUCAGCUUCACCGACAUCGAUGACUGUGACAGCAGUGGUCCCUCCCCRGCUCCCUGCCAGACCCYRGGAAGGCGAGCCGGCGCUCUCCGGGACCCAUGGCCGGGGUGCCGAGAGGGUGGAGGGUGCCRGAACCCGCGCUUUCUGCAGGGAUGGCAGUUCAAUUAACGGGCAUUAUUUAAUGAGGGGCAGAUUUCUGCCUGGGACGGUUGCCCUCAGAGCAGGGAGCGAGCAGAGGGUCCGGCAGUGGCCAGCUGUGGGAUGGGAGAUCGCCACCUGCGUGUGCGGAGACAAGGAAGCAAAAUAAGCGAUUCCAAAAUAAAUAAUGACUAAAGCACAAAAAGCUUGUUGGAGGAAAACGCUUGGGGUGGAAGAGAGCAAUGUUACAUUUCUAUUUUUAGGGAAAAAAAAACCCUUGGUCAUUAUUUUUCCCCUCACCUUUCCAUCUGGUUGGGAACCGUCCAGGGGCCAGAUGCAAAAUUUCUCCCCGCCCAUGCCCCCGUUGAGGUUGUUAGAAACACUGAAGUGAUUUACUCAGGUGAACAGAUCAGCAAGUAGAAAAUGGAAAUGGGGAGCAGAUGGAGGAGGAAAGCAUCCUUUAAAACCACCGUGGGGAAUCAGGGGUGGUGUAACCUGAUUUUUUGUGCCCUUGCUUCUCUCCAGUGCUGCCAUGGUCUCACCAUGCCAGGGCAGCACAUUUAAAAUCCCCCUUUCACACCAAAACCAUGGCCCCAAGGCCAAAUGUGCUGUCACUGAGGGGAAAUGGCAGCCCUUGCCACCACCAUUGUGUUUUCCUACUAAAUGCUACAAUGGAAAUGGUGAAUUUAUUCCUCUCCAUCUUUUUGUUUUGUUUUGGGUUUUUUUACCUUAAAUCCUGGUUACAAGCUGUUGACUCGUUGUGGAGGGGUGAUUCACAGAAGCUGACAUUAUAAAUAUUACAAUAAUUUAAUGCAUAAAAUGUCCCCAAUAAGCCUUAAAUGUUGUUUAAAAGCCCAUGUUACCUAUAAGUCAGGCGAAUUUCCAUGUUUGCACUUAAUUGCACCAUUACUUCGGUUUUGGCUUCAAAGGUCACAGUUAAGUCAUGCUAUGUGUUUUAUUGGAGUGACCCCAGUGUGAGCUCAGGGAACAAAAAAAAAGGAAUUCACUGAAACUUUUGUUGUUGUUGUUUUUUAAAAAUAAAAAAUGUUUAAAAAAAAAMHWAAAAAAAAAAAUAAACCACAAAACCAACCCAAACCUGGGACACUUCUGCAACCG